AUGGAGACCUCCAGGCCGUUGACGUUUCUUUCCUUGGCUGUAGGUGUUUUCCUCCUCGGCGCCUUUGCCACUACUCGGUCCGUGUCCGGAAGCGUUGUGGAGCUCACUGAGAAGAACAUCCAUGAGUUCCUGGCUGAGAAAGACGCCGUUCUGGUGAAAUUCUACGCCCCGUGGUGUAUGCACUGCCAGUCCCUGGCCCCCGAAUACGAGAAGGCCGCCAAGCAGCUCGCUGAUGAAGGCUCCGAGGUGGUGUUGGCUGAGGUCAACUGCGACGGUGCCGUGGGUGUCGCCCAGGAGUUCGGCGUUGAGGGCUACCCUACCCUGAAGUUCUUCCGCCACGGUGUCGCUAGGAACUACACCGGUUCCCGCCAAGCCGAAGGCAUUGUGAGCUGGUGCAAAUCUGUUCUGUUGCCCGCUGUCAUCAGCGUUUCGGAUGUUAGCGAAAUUCCUGACGACGCCGAGGUUACCUUCGUGUCUACGGGCUACGAUUCGUCCGACGAGCUCAUGAAGGAGUUCGAGAACCUCGCCGACCUUCACCGCGACGACGCCAAGUUCUACUCAGUGGCGGGUGGCGACAAGGCCAUUUACGUGAACCACAAGUCCCACGAGCGCUUCGACUUCACCGAGUCGACCGCCGAGAAGCUGGUUGAGUUCGUGCAGCAGGAGUGCCUGCCCCUCUUCUCCGAAAUCAGCCACGCCAACUACAUGCGUUACUUCAGCUCUGGCAAAUCCAUCUCGUGGUUCUGCUCCGUGACGGCCGACUACGAGAAGUACCGUCCCGUCUUCUCCAAGGUUGCCCGCGAGCUGCGCUCAAGCGUGCUGUUCGCCUGGCUCGACGUGGAGAAGUUCACCGCCGCCAAGGAGGCGUUCGCCGUUGAGUCCUUCCCCUCCGUUGCUCACCAGACCAACACCGGCCGUUACAUUCUGGUCCCUGAGGCUUACUCCUUUGACGACGCGGAAGCUGUGCUGCGCUUCUACGCCGACGUCGACGCCGGCAAUGUCCCCCGCAGCAUCAAGAGUCAGGAGGAGCCCGCUUCCAACGAUGGCCCCGUUGUGAUCCUCGUCGGCAAGACGCUGCCCGACUUUGUGAAAAAUGCCACCCGCCCCAUCCUGCUCAUGAUCGAGUCCCCGUUCUGCGAGCACUGCAAGAAGUUCUUGCCCGUCUUUAAAGCCUUCGGUGAGACCAUGAAAACCGACGGACGCGUGAUCGUCGCAACCCUCAACGGUGACGGCAACGAGUCCGCGUUGGACCACAUCCAGUGGACCGCCUACCCCACUGUUCUCCUGAUCAAGCCCGGCAGCAAUGAAGUCGAGACUUUCGACGGCCCGCGCACAACGGAUGGCUUGAAAGAUUUUGUGAACAAGCACGUCCCUGACGAGCGCCACGGCGAGCUGUAG